CGCGGCGGCGGCCGGGCCCGCGAUGCCGAACCAGAAGGGCGGCAAGGGCAAGAAGAACAAGCGCGCCAACAGCAGCGGCGACGAGCAGGAGAACGGGGCGGCGACGGGCGGCGGAGCCGCGGCGGCGGCGGGCGGCGGUGCCGCAGGUGGCGGAGCCGGAGCGGCGGCCGCGGGCGGCGGCGGCGGAGGGUGCGGCGGGGCAGGCGGAUCGGCGGCCGCGGGCGGCGCGGCGCCCGGAGACGUCAAGAGCGAAGCUCCUUGUGCUACUCCACUGAUCUGUAGCUUUGGAAGGCCGGUGGACCUGGAGAAGGAUGACUACCAGAAGGUUAUAUGCAACAAUGAGCAUUGUCCUUACAGCACUUGGAUGCACCUUCAGUGCUUCUACGAGUGGGAAAGCAGCAUCCUCGUCCAGUUCAAUUGCAUUGGCAGAGCCAGGAGCUGGAACGAAAAGCAGUGUCGCCAAAACAUGUGGACCAAAAAGGGAUAUGACCUGGCUUUUCGCUUUUGCUCCUGUCGGUGUGGGCAGGGUCAUUUAAAGAAGGACACUGACUGGUACCAGGUGAAGCGAAUGCAGGAUGAUAAGAAGAAGAAAUCAGUGUUGGAGAAGAGUACGGGAAGGUCCAUGGCAGAGUCAACAGAGGAGGCCAAAAAGGGCAGGCCGGCCAACAAGCCCCAGAAAGGCUUGAGUAAUGACCUCCAGCGAAGGCACUCGAUGGACAGGCAGAACUCCCAAGAGAAGGGUGUGAUGGGUGGCAGCUACGCAGUUCGUUCACCUUGUGUCUCUCCUGGCCAGUCCCCGCCCACUGGCUACUCUAUUCUUGCCCCCACACACUUCAGCGGGCCUCGUUCCUCGCGAUACUUGGGAGAGUUUUUGAAGAACGCCAUUCACCUGGAGCCUCAUAAGAAGAACAUGGCUGGUGGGGGCAUGUUCAGGAAUGCACAUUUUGAUUAUGGGGCAGCUGGCUUGCAAGCACAUAGGUCAGGACACUUCGAUGCUCCUGUGCAGUUUUUGAGAAGGCUCGAUCUAUCUGAGCUGCUCACUCACAUUCCCAGGCAUAAAUUGAAUACUUUCCAUGUGCGGAUGGAAGACGAUGCCCAGGUGGGCCAAGGGGAGGACCUUCGGAAGUUCAUCCUUGCUGCUCUCAGUGCCAGCCACAGGAACGUUGUAAACUGUGCUCUAUGCCACAGGGCGCUGCCAGUGUUUGAACAGUUUCCGCUGGUGGAUGGGACCCUAUUCCUUAGCCCAUCAAGACAUGAUGAGAUUGAAUAUGAUGUUCCCUGUCACCUUCAAGGAAGGCUUAUGCACCUCUAUGCUGUUUGUGUAGACUGCUUAGAAGGGGUUCACAAAAUUAUCUGCAUCAAGUGCAAGUCCCGAUGGGAUGGAAGCUGGCAUCAGCUGGGAACUAUGUAUACCUACGAUAUUCUGGCAGCAUCUCCCUGUUGUCAGGCUCGACUGAACUGUAAGCACUGUGGGAAGCCAGUAAUAGAUGUACGGAUUGGCAUGCAGUAUUUUUCUGAAUACAGCAAUGUCCAGCAGUGUCCUCACUGUGGAAAUCUAGACUACCACUUCGUGAAGCCAUUUUCUUCAUUUAAAGUUUUGGAGGCUUAUUGACGAAAGCUUUGCUUUAGUAAUAGCUAUUUUAUGGGUAUUUCAACUUUAUUACAUAUCUUUUUAUAGGAUUCAUUCUGUGAUGAAAUUUAGUUUCUUUUCUAACUGAAAGAGCAGCUUCUUUGUCAGUGUACAUAUUAAUAUGUAUAUAUAUAUAUAUAUGUUGUUAAAACCAGAAUCCUCCUGACAUGAUAUCUGUGAAGGUUGGAGGCAAGCCAAUUUAAUGGCCUUUGAAUAUACCCCAAGUAUGGGGUAAAGAUCAGCUAAAAAUGAUUUGGGUUUAUUUUUUUGUAUAAUUGUAAUACAGUUUAUAGCAAGGGUAUGGGGAGACAUACAGGACAGAGAAAUAUGUCCAGUUGAAAAAUGGGUAGUUGUGUAGGGUCGUUCCUCCAGCUUGGUGAAAAUGGGAAAUCCUUGGAAAGAAAUGGUUCUGUUAGUGCUGAAUUCAUUCAGCCUUUUAAUCGGUCCUCACAGGCGCCGGAGCUGGCUUUAUGCUGCUAGUCCUGCCAGUCCCCUCAGCAGGCUUUCUUUCAGAUUUCCCAAAACAGGAGUAAACUAGGGUAUCAUGACAAGUGAAUGUAAAUUAUGCCAGCAGAUGCAAUCUUGAAUGAGGUUUUUUGUUUUGGCAUAGCAUCUUCCUGCUAUGUGUGUUUGAUGUGCAUUGCCCUCAUGGCAAUAGUGCUGCUUCCAACGGGGCUGUCAUGUGCCCAGCUGGGUCAUCUGCUCAUACCAAAACAAGCUGGAGAUCUUAAAAUGCUUUAUUUAAAGGUAUUUCUUCACAGACAUAUUAGAGAAGGAAUUGGCUGAGCUGAGUGGGUAUGUGUUUGUACGUGCCUGCUGGGGCUGAGGCUUUGCUGCCUGCUCUAGACUGGUGUGACUGAUGUGGAAGGGGAACCAUGAAGUGGGAUCUUGGACCCUCAGAUCUGUAAGAGCUGAGAGGUACUGAGUACAAAACAUGACAUCACUUUUUAAAACAAUUAAUUGCUGCAUCUUCAUAUUUCAGAAUUGUGUUCAGUUUAGGAUCUAAAAACAUGGAGACAUUUUAAGAAAGCAAACUUAGCAUAUUUACUUUCUACAUGCCUCUGUGCUGUACAUAACAGACUGCAUUAGGCAGUGAAUUCGUAUCAGAGAGUUUGGCCCUGUAGACUCUGCAGUUGUUGUUUCUUGAUUCCCAUUUCUCCUUUGCUUAAAUAAAUUUUUUUAAAAUAGGUCAUUAUUCUUUUGCUUGGUUUCUCAAAUCAGUUGAGACUUACAGGAGGUUUGGUUUUUUUUGCUUUUCUCUGUAGUGUAUUUAUGGAGUGUUUGUCCACGUGAGAAGUAUGGGGGUUGUUUCUGUUUACGAGAUGGGAUUUUUUUUUCUUAAGUUUUUUUGUUUUCCAAAUUAGAAUCUUUUUAGAGAAUGUAUCUGUCAAAAUCACGGUCUUGAAAAUGGCCCUGAUACUCUGCCACACUGGGAAAGAAACAAAAAAGUCAGAGGCCAAGAAAGUGUUUUUCCCAUAUUGGACUGGGAAUUAUGCUUUCUGCUAAGUUAAGAAAUGGACAUGCACAUAAAACUCAAGCUGAAUACCCAUAUUUCUUUGUGUGUAAAAAUGCCAAGUUCACGGUUUUAUUUCCUGGCUGUCUUCACUGCAGAAUUAGGUUGUUUUAGCAUUAGCUACUCUUUGAGUAAUACUCAAGUUGCACAGAGGGUUUACGUGGGCACAAGUGACUUACUGCUAACUUGAGUGGUAAUGUCCUUAAAAGCCACCCAGCUCAUGUGAUCCAUUGCUAGUCUAAACAGCAGUGUUAGCAGGCUGUGGUAGCCUUCUUCACUGGUGCUCUUCUCCUUCAGUCCUCGCUCCUGAGCUUGGUUUUGGGUCUGCAGCACAUCCUUGGGUUUUGUUCAGUUGUCCCCUGUUUCCUCUUCAAGGAGAAUUAUGGGAAGGACUUUGAGAGACUUCUAACACUGUCCCAUGGCUACCACAACGUUACACCAAGCCCAGUUGCAGUGGGACCAGCACUGUAAAAAUUGUUCAUAGGAGCAGGAGCUGGCCUGGGCAUACCUGGGCUGGAAGAAGGUUUCUAGGAGAUAAAACCUAAUUAGCUGUGCAGUGUAGACUUCCCUUAUGGAGGGCAAUGAAAUUAUAAUUUGGAUUAACUCCUUGGGAAGGAUGAGCCCUUCAGCUUUGAUGGUGCACUGAGCAGGCUCAUGGAGUUAGGGUGGCUAACAAGCUUGGAGUUGCAUUUACUGGCAGUACCAUGAGAACCACACCAGACAGACAAUGGCUAGACUGCCCCAGCAGCCUGAAAUCAUGCAGCAAAGACAAAGCUCCUGUAAUGAGAAACGUUAAAGGAUACAUUUCUUCCUCUAGUGUUCGGUCUUGAGUGCCAGUCACACAUGCCAGGAAUCUAGGGUGUUACUUCCCACAUAGACUAAUGGCAUUGUGUGCCCACUUUUUCGUGCACUGAUGAGGAGAGGUGUCACUGUACAAUGCACAUGGUAGGGGAGAAGUGGUAUCUGGAGUCCUGGAUGCUUGUUCACUUGCUUCCCCUAGAGUAGCUUAAUUUAUAAUUCUGUUCUUUAAGUUCUUAGAUGUCUCUCUAAACAUAUGUGUGACAAUCAAGAAUGAGUAGAUGUGGAGGAAAAGGAAUUUGGCCAGCUUUAAAAACACAAGUGUAUAGGAGAUUGUACAGUAUAUCCAAGUCAAAAGUAGGAAUGGAGCAGACUGAGAAAAUGGGAAGGGAGAAGUGUAUUUAAAGUCUUAGCAGUGACAAGGAUUUACAUACAAAUCUAUCCAAGAAAACAGUUUAGUUCUCCAUCAGCUUUUCCUUUUAAUUCUGUUGUUAAGUGAGUCUUACCUGCUGCUUGAGGAAAUGCCUAUUUUCUUGCAAAACACUCUCAACUGGAGGCUAGCAGCACACGUAGCACUGUAAAAAUGAUCCUUGAUGGAAACCAUCUGAGCUACAGAAAGAUUCCUCUGAACUUUCACUCCAAAGUAAAUUGUCCCUAAUUUGUAGAGGCUUUCCCUGCUUCUUGCUGGUGCUGAAACCUGUUCUUGGGUUACUGCAAAAUGCAGUAUUUUUUGUAACUGCAGAUUACAGUCAAGGAGUCAGCCCCUGCCUCUGGCCAUGAGAGUUUUGUAGAAGGGCAAAUGUAACUUCUUUGGGACAUAAUGGCUACUUUGGAGGUUAAACUAGACCACAAUUGGCUUUGCUUUCUGUCUUGACAAGCAUUGGAAGUAGUUAUGAGCUUAUAAAUGUGUCAAAAGGGAAAUUACUUCCCUAGCUAGGGAGCUGCUUGCUUUGCUUGUUCGGCUAAAGUUUAUUCUUCAUUACCUUUCAUUUUUCUGGUGCUGUGUGGUUUUUUUUAAGCUGGCCCGUGGUCAGAUUAAAUUUGCCUGAAAUAUGUUUUGUAAACGAGAAUACAGUCCAAACCUCCAAACCUCUGGAUUUGGAGGUUCAUUCUACUCUCCUUAAGUGCACGUUACUCCUUGUGAUAGUAAUAGGAGUUGCAUGUGCAAAUGCUUUUCUUUCCAGUAGUUAACUCUCCUUUCCAUAGGAGAGGCUUGCAUUUAGAUAGAUUUCAUAUUUUGGAUGUGUAAAAAUGAUUUCAUCCAUCAGUAGGAUGUUUCCAAGUAAAUUCUGAUGACCAUAACUAACCAAAUGGACAUCUUUUACAUGCUGAUGUGUAAUUUGACAUCUACCAAGGUGAACAGCCUAAAAUUGUUGUUCCAUCUAAUGCUGCGGAGUCAUUAAAACUACAGUGUUCUGUAGCCAGCCCAUAGACUAUCUAGUCUAUUUGCAUUAACAUCUCCAGUAGUGAGCAGUGUAUUCAUGAGUUUAAUUGGGAAAAUAGGGAAUAUUCCUACAAGGGAGGCAUCUAACCCAAUUUCUUUCUUUUUUCCCUUUUUUCCCCCCAUGUACUCUUCGCUUUGCUGUAACAGGUAACCAAGGACAAACAUGUUGUAAGGCCACUGGUGAGAAAACCCCUCGAAAAUAUACUUGUCCAAAAGGUUCCUUGUUGAGACAUUCUUGGAUUGCACUUUUGCAGAUGGAAGAAUAUGUACAUAGCAAAUGAAUGUUGAUGAAACUAAAAUAAUUGGUUAUGAUAUCAAUUACAUGUGUUGUUAGAGAAUAUUUUGUUGUGGCUUCUCUGUAUUAAAAAGUAAUAAAUACCAGACAGCUAA